AUGGCAGGAGGACCUAGUCUGACAUGGGUGGGCUACAACCUCCUUCGAUUGACUGCUAUCGUGAUAAUCUGUUGGGCAUUAGCAGUCCAAUUCAUCGCCAUAGGAAACGAUAUGUCAGCAUAUUCUGACACCCAAUCUACCUCAACCUGCAAUAUUUCCAGCGGCGUACGGUUUUCAUCUACCUCUACUGCGAGUAGUCGGAAUCCCUAUGCUGCUCCUACAGCUCGAUCAUCAUCGACUAUCAUCGCCGCUAUCGGAGCGACCACUCAAACACCUCCAGCCAAGAGAAGUCUCGAGGACAUAACGACGACGUACCUCAUAAAAAGGCAGAAUGGCGACUCAGAUGGUGAAGUAGAGGAAGCCAACUAUGGAAGGUCUUCUGUACCCAGACAGCCUGGCGGAGUAGUAUUUACGAUUUUCUCGAGACUGAUUAUGGCAUCUACACUGUCUUUAUUGCUUCUAGUACAGUUCGGCUGGCCCGAGAUGUUCCUCUACGAUCAUGUCCCAUGGCUCGGUCCGCAGAGUACACCAAUUUGGCUGGGAUUGAUACAGACCAUCGUGGCAAUUGAGAAUCUUCGAGUAUAUGCCAAAUCAUCUGUACUCCUUCCUUGCUGGGCGCUGUUCGUCAUCGGUCUGAUCAACCUUACGAUUGGUGGUGUCCUCUUAUGGCUUGGACGCAAUUUACCUAAAUCCCCCUCUCCCCCCUUAUAUUUCAAUCUUUCCACAAGGGUUCUGUACUUUCGUCCUCCUCCACAAUGUUACGAUCCCAUCACCAAGCCCUACAAGCAAACAAACAGGAUAUCAGAUCCAGAAUUACAAGACUCAGCGUUGGAGAAAAAGCAACUACCUUCGUCGAAUCUCAAAUCGUUAGGUUUAGUCUCAGAUGACGAACACGAGCUUGAAAAGAUUUCGAUUCACUCCGAAGAAGGUUUCAGUCUACCUAUCGAAUCUCAAUUCAAGAGACAAACGCCUAUAGAUUCAUCCCAUACGGAAACAAGAAAUGGUAAAGACCAGAAGCAAUAUACAGAUGUGACUAAAGGUGGAUAUCCCACUUUCUCAGGAGGAGGACUUACCGACCCUUCUUCCCAGGUUCCACUGGGUUUUAUUGAACGUACGAAAGAUGGAAGGAAAAUUGAAUUUAUCAAUUCCGAGAUUGGUCAAGAUCAGCAGAGCGCUCAACAGCAGAAGCGACGAUCGGAUUUACCUCCUCGUAGUCAAUCGAGGAAGAAGGCAAUGACACUUGAUAAUUCGCCACAACCCCAUGACAAGCUGGUUAAUCUGGGUGCCUCGACCAGUAGACCAAGAGCCGAUAGCGUAGACACCCAAACUUUGAUAUCCAAAGGCAGGGACAAGGAACGAGAAGAAGACUUGGGAUCGGGUGAGAAUGGACUAGAAGAAGCUGCUAAACAUGCUAGAAUGAGGAGAUCGACUUUAUCGUCAAUGACUUUCGGUCCUUUACCUUCUACAUUACCAUUCGAUAAACCGGAAUCAAUGCCCUUGCCUAUGCCUGAUGCGAUUCCGCAGAAUAAUCAAGACAAGGCCAGUAGGAUGGAAGUGGACUUGAAAAGAUCAAAUUCGAAAUCAUCUACCAAGGGUCAUGGUAUGGGUAAUGGUGAGAAGAGACGUCAAUCAACUUCAUCUUAUCUUUCUGCCACAUUGGAGAUGGGUCCGAGGUUUCCUUUCCCGCCUUCUCGUCAGACUUCUCUAAGGAAAUCUUACAAGCCACAGUCAGACGAGAAGGAAGAAGAUAGUGUGAGACAGAUAGUUGAAUCUCCCAAAGAAGUUGGUUUGACAAGUGAGACCAAAGGUCCGAGACCACCUUUCAGGGCAGGAUCUAAGAGAGAGAAACGCACAGUCAAUUCAGCUGAUACACCGUUAGACGAAGACAAGGAUCAGACACCAGUGGAAAGGAGGAUAAGAAGGGAAGAAAAAGAUAAGAAAAGACAAUCCAAGUCAAAGUUACCCUUAAGCCCUCCUACAUCGCCCCCUUCUAUACCUCUUCCUAAUAUACCAAAAUCACCUAAAACUCCUAGAUCCUCUCAUCCCUCAGUUCUCCGCCGUCGAUCAUCCUCAUCAUUCACAGCUACUUCCCCCAAGUUGAGUUCAGGUCGUAAACGAGCAGCGACGUUAGCUACCCCCGCUCCAGUAGGAUCAUUAAGACCCUCUUUAUCCGUUAAGAGAGCCAGUUCAACUCGAAGGGGAUCGAGGACAGCCAGAGGAGUAAGGUUCAACCUGUCUCCACACGCUGAAACUGAUGAUCAGAUUCAGAGUGAAUGGUCGUCCUCUUCUGACGAGGAUAGUGGUAAUGAAGAGAUAGGAGAGAUUAGGGAGUUGGUCAUUAACGAUGAUGAUUGUGGUUUUGUUGGCACGCCCACUCAGAAAUUACAUAGGCCCGAAUCGAUCUCUUUGGAUGAUGUUGAUUUGAAAGGAAAGAAAGGGAUUAGUUCAAAUAACAGUGGGAGAACGAGGAAUCAAACUGUCAGUAAACAGCAGAACAAGAAGGAUAGUGGAUAUGAUGAUUUAAAGCGGAAUAAGAGUCAGAGUAAGCCAAUGAUUUUUGGUGGGGAUUAUCUAAAUGGCGGUAGAGAGAACUACUUGUAA